UUUUAGGAAGAUCGGAAUGUGAUUUGGGGCAGUGAUCAUUUUUCAAAUAUUUAGAUAAUUUUCAACGAUUAGACUAAAUAGUAAUAUCUUGUAUAGCUUUUGUUAGGAUACCUUUAAUUGCUCAUUGUUUAUUUUCUAGUUCAGUAUUCAGAGAUGAGAGUUUAUCUAUCUUGCGUAUUGCUUAAGAGUGAUGCAGAUGAGAAAAUUUAAAGAUAUAAAACGUGCCGGUACUUGGGGUGGUUUUGCGGUUGUUUAAAUUGUUAUAAUUUUGUAAAAUGAUGACACAGUUGUUUAAUAAAGUUAAAGUAAAGAACGUGAUAAAAAUAAUAGUGAGAUACAAGGCUCCGCGGGAUCACUGGUCUGUGCUCAAAAAGAAAAAGACAGCUAAGGAUAUAGCAUUGGAACAUUUUGAUGAUUUUUAUAAGUCUGUAUAUGGAAAUGCAUGGCCAUAUAUUAGAACUGCUCUUCUUCGAAAAGGCAGCAAAUACAUGGCAAUAAUUAAUAACUUCAGUGAUACUGAGAAAAUAAUAAGUGACCUUGAGGCAUCUGGAGCUUUUAACUUAAAAACAGUUUAUGAUGUUCAUCAGGAGAAUAUUAUGUUCCGUAACCAGCAUACGGAACGUCCGAAAAAGAAAGUUUCUACAUCUCAUGAACAAUCUAAUAUAAAUGUAGCAUCUUUGCUGAUGAAUAAAAACCGUGCAGAAGUUCAGUCAAUGUAUCCAGAAGAUUACACAUUAUCUGCAGAGCCUACAAUCAUUAAAGAUGAAGAUGAAGCAUCUAAAAUAGAUCAACCAAUUCGACCAAUGCCAUUGCAGUCCAUUGAAAGUGGCAUGGAAAAUGCUGACUUUGACACAAAUCGUAUAAUUAAUCCAUCUAUGGGCUUGUCUAGUUCUUCAUUGUACGAAUAUAUCCCAGCUACCAAAAUAAAGGGUUUGGAGGAUUGGGUACUGGAAUCCGAUCAUUAUAAGUAUUACCAGAAGGGUGCGGAUUUUACUGUGAAAAGUGAAAAAGAGUCGACUUUAAAUUUUCCAAAACAUCUUCAAAUCUACACAUAUGAAGAAAAUAAUGACACGAGGUUUCCACAUCCUAAAAGAGGCAGCACUGGAGUUUACAAUUAUUAUCUACUGGAUGGUGGUUCUGUGUUACCAGUACUAGCGCUAGAUUUGCAACCGGGUGAUAAUGUAUUGGAUAUGUGUGCUGCACCAGGAGGCAAAUCCUUAGCAGCAAUACAAAGUCUUAUGCCUGGUGUAGUGGUUCUCAAUGAUAUACAGUUAUCCAGAGUAAACAGAAUAAACAAUGUACUUGAUCAAUAUAUAUCUGAUAUGGGACAGUGGGAAGGUAGAUUAUUCGUUACGGAAAACGACGCCAGGCUGAUACAGGACAAAGACGUAUUUAAUAAGAUUUUAGUCGAUGUACCAUGUACAACAGAUAGGCUCGCCUUACACGAGGACGACAAUAGUAUGUUUAAGUCAACGAGACUGAAAGAAAGAUUAAAUUUGCCACAAGUGCAGACAGAUAUUCUUACCAAUGCCUUGAAAUUGGUGGCACCCGGCGGUAUUGUCGUAUAUUCUACCUGUUCCUUGAGUCCAAUUCAAAAUGACGGUGUUGUACAAAUGGCAUUGAAAAAAUCAUGGGAGGAAACAGAGUCCGUGAUGAUCGUCAAAGAUAUGUCGGAAGCACUGAAUCCACUUAGAUGUCUGUAUAAAUUUGGUAAUUUUGGACUUAGAUAUGGCCAUAUCGUAAUACCAACAGUAAAGAAUAAUUGGGGUCCGAUUUAUUUUUGCAAAAUUCAAAGAAUACGCUGAAGAUAUCCAGUUUCCUGUAAUUCGGUAACACUCCGCUGUAUGCCUCAAGAUAUUUCAGACCGAUGGCAACACGUUUAUUUAAUUAUGCCGACAACGUUUGACACGAAGAAUAUUGUGUUUUGUUCCUAACACAUAUAUGACUAUGGUUUAGUAGGUGAAGGUCAUACAUAUGACUAUAUGUAUGUAUACAAGAUACUCACAUCUCAUUGACAAAUAUUUUAUGAAAGAAGUCACCGUUUUUAAUUUCUUUUUAUUAUAUUAUUUCAGUGACUGUUGUCAUCAAUGAUGUUAGCUAUCGAUUAAUAGAAGAAGGUCACAAUUUAAGUUUUAGAUAAUUCGUACAUUUACGCACUCGUGAUUAGGCACAGAGAUAACAGCGAUUGCAUAUUACAUAGGAAACUCAUAAUGAACACUAGGUUUACGAACAUUUCUUAUAUACCUAUAUCUAUUUACAUACGUCAAAUUGACGCGUGAACGAAACUGCAACUUAUUUUUUUGUUCAAAAACAACAUAAUUAUACUCUAUUAACUUACAAUAUUUACACAUUAUAUAAUAUUACAUUUAUUAAAGUCAGCAUAAAUGGUAGAAGAGAAAAGUAAAGGGUUUCUCUAGUUUUUCUUGUGAAAUUUAAAAUGCAUCAAGCUGAUGCGUUCCAUACGCCUAGUUUUAAAGUUUCAUAUGGUUAUUAGAUCAUCGCUCUCUACUCAAUAUAUGGGUCAUAAUAAAAUUAGUGAAGUUCAAAACAACAAUAACACAUUGUCAAAUUCUUUAGACAUUGACUAUAAUGACUGCAUUGAGGAGGCUAAACUGCUAUUGACAUUUAAGAGAUCUAAUUUUAUACUCUAAUAAUGGCAGCAGAUCAUCAGAACAAAAUAAGAAAUAUAUUUUUUAAUUAUACUUUGCUACUGAACUUUCACAAAAGAGAGUCAGGUAUUGUUUAAAAUCCGUUUUUAUCUGUAUGUGAAUUAGUUAUUGAUAUUUUUCAAUGAAACAGCAAUUUGUUGUUAUUCAUAAUAAUAUUCAUAAUAAUAAUGUCGGAAGUGCUAUUGCAUCUUUCAUUUAUCAAUAUUGUGUAAUAAGUUUACAAACGUACUUGACAUACUUGACAAAUUGUCGUGAGAGUCAUAUGUGCUGCUUCAUGACAUUUAAAAUCAAAAGUUAACAAGUUCAAAGCUUCAAUAGGUCAUAGAUCACUGUAAAAAGCAAUUUUCAUUCGGAAUAUAAAUCUGUGUCAAUUAUAGUGUCAUCAUAGUCAGUGCCUUUAAUGCAGACAUAUAAAUUCUUUUUAUCAAGUACUAUAUGUAUACGUGAUAGUCGUGCAACAAGUGUCAGAUUAAAUGAUUAAGAAUAAGAAAAAGUCGCGUGAUAGCAGUGUAAUUAAAUUUGUCAAAAAUACAAAUUACAGUGGUAAUUUUGUAUAUCUGUUGUCUUCUAUAAAUUGACAAGAAUGUCUCUAAAAUUAUGAAUUUUCGUUUGAUAAAUAUUUUAUCGACCGUGCUCCAUAUUAAUCUGGUAUUUUUUAUUAUCAGUCAUUUACAAUGAAAUCAGUUGAUAGAAUAAAAUAUGUCAUACAAUUGUACAAUUCGAUUAAAAAUAGUUUCUAAAUCGUGAAGAGGAUACAUUAAAUCUUGCGCAUUUAAGAUGGCGCUAUGACACAAGGUCAUGGGGGUCAUGGUGACCUUGAACAUUUUCUGUCACAAACAAAAUACAUGAAGAUUGACUGUGUCAAUUUUCUGAGACAAAAAGAAUCAUAAGAGUGAAAUAUUUUUUAAACCUGUCUUCAUUUUUGUACACGUACAUGUUAAAUGUUAAUUAACGAAAAUUUACCAUGUGCAAAUUAAAAUCACGUUCAGCCUUAAUCAAUGUAAUUAAACAAAUAUCUAUAUAAUAAAUAAAUAAAAGUCGCAGGGUAUAAAAUAAG